GUGCGGCGGUGAUGAAUGGCAGCAUCUGUCAGGCGAUGUCAAGGCGACGCUGGGGCAGCAGAUUGCACUGACGUUUGGGUUGCACGUGCGAAUUUUCUAGCAGUCUGGACGCAGGAGUUGUUUGGGUGCAGGAUAUUUGCGGUGGGAGGAUUUUGACUGGAAAAUCGUAGAUUCGAGAAUGAAGUUUGCUGUGGAAGUUGCCUCAAAACUUUCCGGUCGAGUGGGCUGUCUCGUACAGACGGAAACCGGCCAGAAAUUCCCAACUCCGCUUUUAUUACAAACAACAAAAGGUGGAAGCAUUCCUUACUUAUCGAGGGAAGUGUUCAAAUAUUUGACUGAAGACUCCCAGAUCCUAGAAAUAUGCUUGAGCACAACUGAUCAUAUGGAAGAGGCCCUGAAGGCGUUUAAAAGCGGGAUCGCCUCAUUUGUUGGAUUUCCAGAGUACUUAUCGUUCGUUACCUUAAAGGAUCCUUGUGAGGAGUCACCCUCCGGAUUCCAUGUAAAAGAUGCUGUUCCGUUCUUCACAAGGAGAGGCAAAAAGGAACUGACAGCGGACAGGUUUAUGGACAUCAUAGAAGUAUUUAAACCAAAUAUCUAUCAUUCCCUUUGUGAUAACGAUACAGAUAUCAAUAGCUCUAAGAAAAGAGUUAUAAAAUCUGUAGAUCGGACUGAAAAUUUCUUCAAAGCUUGUUUAGAGAGACAUAAAAUUUCGGAAACUUUAAGGAACAGUUUAUUCUUUGCUCCAAUAGUGGGUGGCUAUAAUAAACAUGCACGGUCGCAAUCAAUUGAAUUUGUUUCCAAACAUCCAGAAGUUGGCGGCUUUAUGAUAGAUGGACUACAUUCGAAUGGAGAACAUGCUACUAAGAUACCCCGCGAAUCGCUAAAGGAUAUUGUCUCGCAUUGUGUACAAAAAUUGAAUACGGACAAACCAAAAAUGAUGUUGGGUGCGUACACCCCUUUGGCAGUAUUGGAGCUUAUUCGAUUAGGAGUAGACAUUUUUGAUACAUCUUAUAUUUACUUGACCAGCACCAAUUCUCAAGGCCUUGUUUUCGAUUAUAAUUUGGCUGCUGAGAAGCGAAGUAACCACUUAGCUUUGGAUCUCAAUGAUGAAAGUUAUGCUGAGGAUUUCACCCCUAUUUUAGAAGGAUGUUCAUGUUUAGCAUGUCAGAAGCACACAAAAGCCUAUAUAAAUCACCUGAUAAAGACGAAAGAAUUGCUAGGACCAAUUUUGUUAAUGAUACAUAACAUGCAUCAUUACUUAAUGUUCUUUGAAAGUAUUCGAAACUGCAUUGCUGGUGAUAAACUACCAGAACUUAUUCAACUAGUGGAAGGCUGUGUUAGCGAGGAAACGGUUGCUAAGGAGGAUAAAAAAAUUCCACCGAUUUUAGAGCAGGUUGAACCAGCUUCUGUGGCUACUUAGAUAUAUUGUAUUUUAAGGAAAAGAGUGUUUUUUUUUUAUAUAAAUUAUUACAUAAUGUGGAAUAGGGUAGUUACUAGAAACUAUCAACUUGUAUAAUAAAAUAAUUUUAAAAGUA